CAAAUGCAUUUGCUAUCGACGUACUUCCUGUUUUCACCAGAGCGUCGUACAGCAAACAUGGCGGCCUCCGGUGGAAGAACCGUGGGAUCUUUUCUCUGGAAAUGCGGAAAUUGCUGCUUCAAUUUUAACACAGUCUCGUCAAAUUUAACUCGCCAGGUGCUGUCCAGACAGCUAUGUGUGAGUGCUGUUCUCCACAGGAAGAACCUGGCUGCAGCGGGCCCAGAGAAGUUCUCAGAGGAGUUCAUCAAGAAGCAGGUGGAGGAGUUCAACAUCGGGAAGAGACAUCUAGCCAACAUGAUGGGAGAGGACCCUGAGACCUUCACUCAGGGGGACAUUAAUAGAAGCAUUGCAUACCUGUUCCCCUCCGGCCUAUUUGACAAAAAAGCCAAACCACUGAUGAAGCAUCCGGAUGAGGUGUUUCCAAAACAGAGAGCUGUCCAAUGGGGCGCAGAUGGACGGCCAUUCCACUUUCUGUUCUACACAGGAAAGCAGUCCUACUACUCUCUAAUGCACGACACCUUCACUAAAGCCCUGGCAGUAGAGAAGCACCAGGACAGUCUGAGAGGAAAGGACCUCUUCACCCAGGAUGCCAAGCAGAUUUCUCUGGUGGGUAGUCGGUGGUUGCUGAAAGAAGAGCUGGAGGAGUUGUUGGUGGAGACCAUCUCAGAACACGAUUAUGCACGGUUCAUCCAGCUGAUGGAGAGGUUGCUGUCUCUGCCCUACUGCUCUGUGGAGGAGGACUUUGUCCAGCGCUACCGCAGACAGCUGGAGAUCCAGUCCUCCAAGCAGCAGGUCCAGCCCCUACAAUACGACCAGCAUGGAGUGGCUUACAGCACCGGAGAUGGCAGAAGGAAGACCGCUACGGGUACUGUCCUACUGAGAGACAGCGGUUCAGGAUCCAUCAGCAUCAACGGGACAAACUAUGUCCACUACUUCCCUGUCCUGCAAGACCGAGAGCAGUUGAUGUUCCCCCUCCACUUUAUGGGGGUGCUGGGGAGGUUUGACAUGCAGUGUAGUGUGAGUGGCGGGGGCCAUUCCAGCCAGGCGGGGGCGCUACGCCUUGCCAUCUCCCGCGCCAUGCUGAGCUUCCUGUCUGAGGAACAGGUGGAGACCAUGAGACAAGCUGGGCUGCUGACCCCUGACCCUAGAAUUAAGGAGAGGAAGAAGCCGGGCCAGGAGGGAGCGAGGAGGAAGUUCACCUGGAAGAAACGCUGAGGUGGAGGACAGAAUAGAACUGGACACAGGGAAAUCACAGCAACAUAUUCAUCAUUAUCUUCCUC